AUGUCGAGCCCCUUCCAUACGUCCUCUACAACCUUGACCAGCUGGGUAGUUAGGCAAAAACCAAUCCUCCAUCAUCCUCCACGCUUCUGCCACAUUGUUCUCAAAUGGGGCCCCCACCGCUGCCUCCAAGAUAAAACUCCAUGUCCUCUUGUGCUCAACAACCAGCUGUGCACCAUACUGGCGAGUCAAGUACCCUUCAUCCUGACAACUGACAACGGGAACCUCAGCACUGCCGGAGAUUGUGUGCUGGAGAUUAUUGUUUUCCACGUAGGCCAGAAAGCGUCUCCGCCAACUGAGAAAGGUGUCGGCGGUGCGGUUUGACGGGAUUCUAGGCACCGGAGUUCUGACAAUUUCACCUCCCAAAGGCAAACCCGGCACCCCAGCACCGCCAUCAUGAUUCACCCCGCCUGGCCACAUUGGCCUCACCGGUGCAGAUGAAGCCCCUGCAGGAGAAACUAGACCGUCGCCUCCUGGGCUGCUGCCGGCAGGUGCACCCGCCGCCCGCCGCUGUGCAGCCCUAAGCUCCUCCGUCUCAGCCUUGGCCUCCUUCGUCUCAGCCUUGGCAACAUCUAUAGCUCGUAGCGCCUCAUCCAACCUAGCACGCAGAGCUGCUCCUCCUCCGUUCCAGACAUAUCAAACUAAAACUCUAAACCCUCCCUGCUGUCCCAGCCUCGAAGCGCUGUCCCAGCUAUAAACCCUGCUGUCCCGGUCCCCGCAAUGGCCACCGCAUCAGCUAUGCACUGCUGCUGUCCUCGUCCCCUUUGGCCGCGAUCCCAGCUAUGAAAAUGGUGUCCGCUGCCUCGAUGGCCCAGCUCCCACCGUUCAGACGCCAAUACCCACUACCAACACCAGGCCUUACAAUAUAUUGUGUUUGGGUGCGGUAGCUCG